CUCUUCAGCGUGCACGAAGCCGAGCGCGCAAUAUGUAAACAUGUGGCACUGAUUGCGUUCCACGUUUCUUUUAAGUUUUGGACAGUUUGCGUCUGUUCCACAAGGACAUCAAACAUGUCAGAAGAGGAAGAAACAGCGUUUUCCGAAGACCCUAGGGUGCAGUAUUUAGGCGAGAUACUCUGCCGGAUGCUCAAACUCAAAACUGAUGCGUGGGAAAAAUUUGUCAAUGUUGAAAAAAAUAAAAUGCUUUUUACAACGUUCUUCGAAGCGCGUAUUAGACUGUUAUUUUUCAGCGUGACAGCGUCCAAUGCUCCAACUGUUUCUCCAGAGGUUUGUAAUCUCUCUAAAGACAAGAAAGUUUACAUUCUCAGAAAAGGAAAUUCCCCCGUCCUGCCAGAAACCUGUAGGAGUUCUUUACUCUUUGGGGUGCUGUCACCCUCCUUUCUGCCACAGCUGUUAGACACCAUGGAGAAGGUCUGUCUGCCGCUUCUGUUGAACAAGAAGAAUCACCAAAUGUGGCCGAAUAUAAUAUCACAGGAUGUGACGCAACACAUAGAAAAUUUGCAAAGCAAGGUCACCGUGGUGAGGGGACAGUAUAAUGGCAAAACCGUCCUUCCUGUUCCUGCCAUCAGAGAAUGGAUAGAGCUGUGUCAAGAGACAACGAUCACACUGCAAGACAGUCGCAACAGAGCCAUGAUACAUGCAAUUGAGUCCAUGGUCAUCAGCUGGAUGCACAUGAUCCAUAAAGUCUUAAGAGCAGAUUCUGCUGACUUGAUUGUGACAGGAUUGAACCCUGGACCAAAAGCUGAACUUGACUACUGGAGAUCCAGGAAAACGAACAUACAGAGUAUUCAUGAACAGCUACAGAAUCCUUGUGUUCAGAAAAUGAUGAGGAUUCUGGAAAUUAUAGACAGCAGUUAUUUCCCAUCAUUCAAAGCUCUGACAGAAGCUGUUUUUGAUGCUUUGCAGGAAGCCAGAGCUAUAGAUCUUCACCUUCAACCUCUUAGAUCAUUGCUGUCUCAACUGGAGGAGGAUGAGUUCUCAUCCUUCCAUACACUCAUUCCACCAGUCUUUCAUCUUAUAUUUCUGGUCUGGACUCACUGUUCAUUCUAUCGUUCACCUGCUCGCAUCGUUGCUCUGCUGCAGGAGCUCUGCAACCUUUUCAUUCGGCAGGCCACUUCAUAUCUCCGUGCAGAGCAGCUGCUGAGAGCAGAGACUGAAGAUGGUUUGGAGAAGUUACAGACUGUGAUGGGAGUUUUCAGGUGUGUCAGGGAAACAUUCAAGACAUACAGACAGAAGGUGGCUGCGUUGGCCAGUCAUUAUUGUACACCAAAGUGCUGGGAUUUCCCUUCAGCUCUUGUUUUUACACGAUUUGAUGGCUUCUUGGCUCGUGUUUUACAGUUGAAGGCCUUUUUCUCCACUAUGCUGGAGUUCCAAAGGUUGGAGAAGCUGGUUUUUGGAGGUCACAGAGGAAGGGUUUACACUGAGCAGGUCUCUCGAAUAUAUGCAGAGUUUCUUCAGCUUUGCAAAGCCAUAAAGGAUCAAGAAUACAAUCCACUCGAUUUGACUUCUCUGGAUUUCGAAAAAGACUUUUCAAGUUUCCAAGAAAGAGUUGCAGACUUUGAUCGACAGCUGUCCAGUAUUUUGUGCCUUGCCUUUCAAGAUUGUUCAGGAUUGGAAUCAGUUUUCAAACUGGUCGCUGUGCUCAAACCCCUUUUGGAAAGAGACAUCAUAAAGGAAACGUUUAUUCCUAAUUUCUCCAAAGUGAUUCAGCUUUUUGCAGAUGAGCUGGACAGAUGCAAACACCUGUUUGAUUUUCAUCUUGAGCAGAAAAAGAUGAACAAACUGCAUUUGAGCAAGAACAUGCCUGCUAUGACAGGUUGUCUGAAGUGGGCAAAAAUGCUUAGAGACAGAAUUCAAAUCCCUUGGAACAACUUUCAGUUUGUUCUGGAUAUGAGUAUCGAAGGAGCGGAAAUGGAACUGGUCUAUCAUAAGUACCUGGAGAUGUCCUCUCAUUUAGAUGAGUAUGAGAAUCAGGUCUAUUUGAGCUGGUGUGGCAAUAUUAACCAGGUCUGCCAGAUGAACCUGGAUCAGCCCCUAAUCAAAAGAGAUCCCAGCACUGACCUGCUGUCAGUAAACGUCAAUCAAGAGCUGAUUGCUGUGCUCAAGGACGUGAAACACCUGGAAAUCCUUAAUCAGAUGAACAUCCCUUCUGCUGCUAUGAAGGUGUAUGAAAAUAGAAAGAUGUUCUUUAAGAACCUUGGGAGCCUACAUUUACUGGUGCAGUGGUAUAACAAGGUGAAACAGACAACUCUUGAAGUGGAUGCUCCUCUUAUGAAAGAGGAGAUGGAGACUGUUGACCGGCAAAUCCAUCUAGCAGAAACUGAGCUUACAUGGCAAGACCAGAACUGCUGGAACUACAUCUGCACACUGAAGGACACUGUCUACCGGCUGGAGAGAAGACUGCAAACAACUAAAGACAAUAUUGAGAUGAUGGAAGUUCUGAUGAAUGGAUGGAGCAAACAGCCAAUGUUCUGCAGAAAAGACCAUAAGAAAGAAUCGUCACUACAACUGGAUGAUAAAGCAGGAACAAUGGCAAAAUGCUACAGCAAUCUCAGAAAAGAUGGAGAAAUUAUCCAUAACUUGUUACAGGAGAACGUGAUCCUUUUUGCAGCGGAUAGUUCUUCAGAUGCAUGGAAGGCCUACUUGGAGUAUGUAGAUGACAUGGUGGUGGAGGGGUUUUUCAGUGCUGUCUCAACUUCUCUGGAGUUUUUCAUUGAGAAUAUGGAGGGGUCAGUGAGGCAGGCUCCCUUGUUUGAGGCUCAAAUGCUACUGAUGGGAUCCGAGAUUAAGUUUAAACCGUCUCUGGAUCGAGAUGGUGGCGAUGGACUUUAUGAAUUGGUGGAAGAAUUACUAGGAGUUGUGUUCAAGAUGUCUGCUCAGGUGAAGAGGGUGGCACCUCACCUAAGUGUGGAGGACUACCAGGCUGACGUCGAGGACAUGUUAGACCUAAUAGAUCUCCGACAUGAAGUGAUGGAGAAAGUUGAUGAAGUCAUGAAGAAAGCCUUGCAAUACCAGGACACACUUAUCCGCUACAGUCCCCUGUGGCUUGAUGACAGGGUUGAAUUUCUCAGGCAGUUCCUCCUCUAUGGUCAUGCACUGACAGCUGAAGAGGUGGAAGCCUAUGGAGAAGAUGCAUUUCCAGAAAAUCCUCCCACCACAACACAAUUCAAGGAACAGAUGAAUCAUUACGAAGAAGUGUAUGCAGAGGUCAGCCGUUUGGAGGACUGGCAGGUGCUUGACGGUUGGUUUAGAGUGGAUAUCCGUUCGUUCAAGAUGAGUCUUUUAAACAUAAUAAAAAAAUGGAGCUGGAUGUUUAAAGAGCACCUGAUGUCUUAUGUUACCGGCAGUAUUGGUGAACUCGAGGAUUUCAUGCUCCGGGCGGAAUCCAGGCUUAAAGAGCCGUUAUGCGGUGGAGACUACCAGGCUCUUGUGCAGGUGAUGGGUUACCUGCUGGAGAUCAGAGACAGGCAGACUAGUACAGACCAGCUUUUUGAACCUGUCAUUGAUGUGGUCAAUCUUCUGGAGCAGUAUGGAGAAACCCUACCUGAGUGUGUUCACAUGCAGCUUGAGGAGUUGCCAGAGAAGUGGAACAACAUGAAGAAGUUGGCCUGGGCAUUGAAACAUGAGGUUGCUCCUCUUCAUACUGCAGAGGUGGCUGUUAUCCGCAGGAAGUGUGUGACCUUUGAGAAAAAGCUGAGUCAGUUUCGAGAAAGGUUUAAAAGAGAAGCUCCUCUCCAGUACAACACAGAGAAACCAUAUGCUCGCCUGGAUAAAUGUCACAGGGAGAUGCUAGGUUUAGAGGAAGAAAACGCAGAUCUCCAGGAGUCCUGUAAGCUGUUUGAAGUGAGCAGCCCUGAUACUAAGCAGCUCAGGCUCUGUCAGAGAGACAUUGCUGUUUUGAAACAGCUCUGGGAUCUGCUGCUUUGCACUCAGUGCAGUAUAGCAGAAUGGACAGGGACAAUAUGGAGAGAGAUCAAUGUAGAACAAAUGGAAACAGAGCUGAGGAGGUUUACAAAAGAAAUGUGGGUUCUUGAUAAAGAGGCCCGUGUUUGGGAUGUGUAUGUGAGUCUGGACUGUGUGCUCAGGGAUCUGUUGGCUUCUCUGAGGGCUGUGACAGAGCUGCUGAACUCGGCCAUGAGAGACAGACACUGGGCCCAGCUGGUCAGGACUACUCGGGUUGAUUUCACUCUAACUGAAGAAACAUCUCUUGAGGAUUUACUGGCUUUGCAGCUGCACAGAUAUGAAGAUGUGGUGCACAGUACAGUUAGGAGAGCAGUCAAAGAGAUGUCCACUGAGAAGGUUUUGACUGAAAUCAGCCAGAUGUGGACACGGAUGGAGUUUUCCUAUGAAGAGCAUUACCGUACCGCUGCACCAAUGCUGAAAUGCAGUGAUGAACUUAUUGAGAGUCUGGAGGACAGUCAGGUGCAACUGCAGGUGUUGCUGCACAGUAAGCAGGCGGCGUUCUUCCAUGGGCAGGUGUUGGAGCUACAGGCCCAGCUGACUCGGGCUGACUCAGUGCUGUUGCUGUGGCUGGAGGUGCAGAGGACCUGGGCUCACCUGGAGAGCAUCUUCAUGGGCUCCGAAGACAUUCUCCACCAACUGCCAGACGAGGCACAUCAGUUCAGCUCCAUUGAUUCUGACUUUAAGGACCUUAUGUUCAAAAGUGACAAAACAAAAAAUGUAAUUGCUGCCACCAACAAGCCCAAUCUUCUUCCGAUGCUUGAAGAUCUGCAAAGGAGACUGGCUGUAUGUGAGAAGGCACUAGCCAAAUACCUGGAAACCAAGAGAAUGGCUUUCCCACGAUUCUAUUUCCUCUCUUCAGCAGACUUACUGGACAUCCUUUCUAAAGGCAGACAGCCCAGACAGGUUACCUGUCACCUGGGUAAGCUGUUUGACAGUAUGACUGAUCUGGAGUUUUCUGACAAGGAGGGGGAAAAGGCCACAGCAGCGGUGGGAAUGUUCAGCAGAGACGGAGAAUAUGUUCCAUUCUAUUCACCGUGUGACUGCGUUGGACCGGUUGAGCUCUGGUUGAAGUGUCUGGAGGAUGUGAUGAGGGAGGGAAUGAGGAGGCACAUAGCCGAGGCCGUUGUCGUAUAUGAGGAACGUUCGCAGGAACAUUGGGUCUUGGAGCUGCCGGCUCAGGUGGUUCUCACCGCCUCUCAGAUCUGGUGGUCCGCUGACAUGAAUCUUGCAUUUGAGCGGCUGGCCGAGGGUUUUGAGACGGCACUCAGAGACUACAACAAGAAACAGGUCAGUCGUACAAACAGUGUAAUUACAUCUCAUUUGCCUGUCUGUGACAGGGACAGGCAGAAGAUCAUGACCCUGUGCACCAUAGAUGUUCACGCCAGAGAUGUGGUCUCCAAACUCAUCGCUCAGAAGGUGAGCAGUGCUCAGGCGUUUGCCUGGGUUUCUCAGCUCCGCCACAGCUGGGAUGAGGAGCAGAACCACUGCUUCAUCAACAUAUGUGAUGCUCAAUUUCGAUAUUCCUAUGAAUAUCUGGGCAACACGCCUCGUCUGGUCAUUACACCUCUUACAGACAGAUGCUAUAUAACACUGACUCAGUCACUGCACUUGACGAUGAGCGGUGCUCCAGCGGGACCGGCUGGCACAGGAAAGACUGAAACCACUAAAGACCUGGGCAGAGCUCUGGGGGUCAUGGUGUACGUCUUCAACUGCUCUGAGCAGAUGGACUAUAAGUCCAUAGGGAACAUCUUUAAAGGUCUGGCACAAACUGGAGCUUGGGGCUGCUUUGAUGAGUUUAACCGAAUCACUGUGGAAGUGCUGUCAGUGCUGGCAGUACAGGUGAAGACCAUACAGGAUGCCAUUCGCAACAAGAGGAAGAGGUUUCUGUUCCUAGAGGAAGAGAUUAGCUUGAAACCCUCUGUUGGGAUCUUCAUCACAAUGAACCCUGGAUAUGCUGGACGAACUGAGCUACCAGAGAACCUCAAAGCACUUUUCAGGCCGUGUGCAAUGGUGGCUCCUGACAUGGAGCUGAUCUGUGAGAUCAUGUUGAUGUCUGAGGGAUUUCAGAGCGCUCGGGUUCUGGGCAACAAGUUCAUCACCCUCUACAGGCUCUGUAAGGAGCUGCUCUCUAAACAGGAUCACUAUGACUGGGGACUGCGUGCUGUCAAACCUGUCCUGGUGGUUGCUGGAGCUCUCAAAAGAGCAGAUCGGACUAGGCCAGAAGAUCAAGUGUUGAUGCAGGCUUUGAGAGAUUUCAACAUGCCACAGAUAGUUUCGGAAGACGUUCCAGUGUUCCUGGGUCUGAUUAGAGAUUUGUUCCCUGGUUUGGAGGUGGAAAGGCGGACUGAUGCAGAGUUUGAGCUGAUAGUCCGUCAGACGAGUCUAGAGUUAAAGCUUCAACCUGAGGACACGUUCGUUCUGAAAGUUGUUCAGCUUGAUGAGCUUCUAUCUGUUCAUCACUCAGUGUUUGUGGUUGGUGAUGCUGGGACUGGAAAAAGCCAGAUCCUGAAAACUCUUCACAAAACCUACUUCAACAUGGGAAAGAUGCCUUUCUGGAAUGAUCUGAACCCAAAAGCUAUAAGCAAUGAUGAACUGUUUGGAUUCUUUCAUCCAGCCACUCGGGAAUGGAAAGAUGGUUUAUUGUCACAUUUCAUGCGGGAUCAAGCCAGUAACUCUCACUCGGGGCCAAAGUGGAUUGUUCUGGAUGGAGACAUUGACCCCAUGUGGAUUGAGUCUCUCAACACUGUCAUGGAUGACAACAAGGUUCUUACUCUGGCUAAUAAUGAACGUAUCCCACUCACCCCCUCGAUGAGACUACUGUUUGAGAUCAGCCACUUGAAACAUGCCACGCCUGCCACCGUGUCCCGAGCUGGCAUCCUGUACAUCAAUCCUCAGGAGCUUAGCUGGAACCUAUAUGUUACGAGUUGGAUUGAUCGGAGGGAGAGACAAACUGAGAGAGCACACCUGACCAUUCUGUUUGACAAAUACAUCCCUCGCUGUAUUGAAAAAAUGAGAAGCUCCUUUAAGACGAUCAUUCCUAUUACCGAGAACAGCAUGGUUCAGACUCUGUGCUCCUUGUUGGAUUGUCUGUUAACUCCGGAGAACAUUCCGGCAGACACUCCACGGGAAGUCUAUGAGACAUACUUUGUGUUCGCAUGUGUGUGGGCUUUUGGUGGAGCCACAUUCCAGGAUCAGCUCCAUGAUUUUCGGGCUGAGUUCAGUCAGUGGUGGAUCAAAGAGAUGAAGAGUGUGAAGUUUCCUGUACAGGGUUCUGUGUUUGACUACUAUUUAGAUCCUCAUUCCAGACGCUUCCUGCCAUGGACCGACAGGAUGCUCAUGUUUGAGAUGGACCCUGAUACACCUGUACAGUCUAUGUUAGUCCCAACAGUUGAGACGGUCAGACUGCAGUAUUUCAUGCGCAUGUUAUUGGAGACAUCUCAGCCUCUUAUGCUGAUUGGUGGAGCAGGCACUGGGAAAUCUGCUCUUGUCAGGAACCUUCUGGAAACACUACCGGAGAACCUUAUAACCGCGAAAGUUCCCCUUCACUUUCAUAUCACUGCAUCCAUGCUGCAAAAGGCAAUGGAGAAACCUCUCGAAAGGAAGGCUGGCAGGAGUUACGCACCCCCGAGAAACAAGAGACUCAUCUACUUCAUCGAUGACAUGAACAUGACAGCUGUGGACAGUUAUGGGACCUCUCAGCCACACGCUCUCAUUCGCCAGCAUCUGGAUUACAAGCACUGGUAUGACAGUCACAAUUUAACAAUGAAAGACAUACACAACACCCAUUAUCUCUCUUGUAUGAAUCCAACAUCGGGGAGUUUUACAAUUAACCCCAGACUGCAGAGGCAUUUCACAGUGUUAGUGCUCAACACACCCAGCUGUGAGACCCUCAGCUCCAUCUUUGGCUCUAUCCUGAGCUUCCACCUGCAGAGGUUGCCGUUCAGCGCAGCUGUGGUGAGGAGUGCUCCAGCUGUGGUGAAAGCAGCUGUAGCACUCCAUAACAGGGUGCUCCAGCACUUCCUCCCCACCUCUAUAAAGUUUUACUAUCUCUUCAACCUGUGGGAUCUCUCUCGGCUGUUCCAGGGUCUCCUGUUCUCCAGGCCAGAGUGUGUUAGACAGGGUGCAGAUCUGGUUCGACUUUGGAUCCAUGAAUCCAGAAGAGUAUAUUCAGAUCGCUUUUCUGAAGCAUCUGACAUUCAGCUUUUCCAUAGGCUGCAGGCGGACAUCGCACGACAGGCCUUGGAGGAAAUAGAGGAAGAGGCAGUGUUGCAGGAGCCACUAAUAUACCUGCACAGCAGUGUGGGCUCUGCAGAACCUUCCUACAUGCCCGUAGCUGGAUGGGAGCAGCUCAGCUGUAUCCUCAAUGAGGCUUUGGACAGCUACAACGAGCUCCACUCUGCCAUGAACCUGGUGCUGUUCCAGGAAGCCAUGCAGCAUGUGUGUCGGAUCAGUCGCAUCCUGGCAUGUCCUAGAGGCCAUGCCCUCCUCGUAGGUGUGGGGGGCAGUGGCAAACAAAGCCUGACCCGCCUUGCUGCCCACCUCUCCAACAUGGAUGUGUUCCAGCCCACCCUCAGCAAGGGCUACAACAUACAGGACCUAAAGGUGGAUUUGGCUGGACUGUACAUGAAGACGGGGGUGAAAAACAUACCCACAAUCCUGCUCCUCACAGACGCUCAGAUCCCAGAGGACCGUUUUCUCGUCAUCAUCAGCACCCUGAUAUCGUCAGGUGAGAUCCCUGAUCUGUUGAGUGAAGAGGAGGUGGAUGGUGUUAGAAAAGCUGUGAGGAGUGAGGUGCGGGAACUGGGUCUGCUAGACAACAGCGAGAACUGCUGGAGCUUUUUUAUGAAUCGAGUGCGACAACAACUCAAGGUCGUGCUCUGCAUGUCUCCAGUAGGUAAUAGCUUGCGUCUACGUGCCCGACGUUUCCCGGCUCUGUUGAACUGCACCACUCUGGACUGGUUCCGAGAAUGGCCCCUGGAGGCCCUCCAGUCUGUCAGCUUGAAGUUCCUGCAAGACAUCCCAAGUAUUCAGCCGGCCGUUUGGGAAUCCAUCAGUCUUUUCAUGGCCCACGCUCAUGCGAGUGUCAAGCGGGUUAGCGAGCGUUACUGCCGCAAUGAGAGGAGGCACAACUACAGCACGCCCAAGAGCUUCCUGGAGCAGCUGAGGCUUUACGAGAGUCUGCUGGGAAAGAGAGAGAGGGAACUGCAUCUGAGACACGGCAGGCUUCAGUGUGGCCUUCAGAAACUCAAGACGACGGCCUCUCAGGUUGAUGAUCUGACAGUCAAGCUGAACUCACAGGAAGUGGAGCUGACACUGAAGAACCAGGCAACUGAGGCUCUCAUGGCCAGGAUCGGCCUGCAGACAGAAAGAUUGAGCCAGAAGAGAAAGGAUGCUGACCUAGAGGAGCAAAAGGUGGCUGCCAUGCAAGCAGAGGUGUCACGAAGACUGAGAGAUUGUGAACGUGAUCUGGCUAAAGCUGAACCUGCUUUAGAGGCGGCUACAGCUGCUCUGCAAACUCUCAACAAGGUAAAUCUGACAGAGUUAAAGACGUUCCCGAAUCCUCCCGAGGCUGUGAUUAACGUCACCGCGGCUGUGAUGGUGCUGCUGGCGCCAUGUGGGCGAAUUCCAAGAGACCGCGGGUGGAAGGCCGCCAGAGUCUUUAUGGGCAAGGUGGAUGACUUUCUGCAGGCCCUGCUUACUUAUGAUAAAGAGCACAUCCUUGAGUCCAGUCUGAGUGUGCUGAAGCAGGAAUACCUGAGAAACCCAGAGUUCCAUCCCGAUCACGUCCGGACCAAGUCCUACGCAGCUGCUGGCCUCUGUGCGUGGGCCAUCAACAUAGUGCGCUACUAUGAGGUUUAUUGUGAGGUUGCACCAAAGCGUCUGGCUCUGGCACAAGCCAAUACUGAACUGGAAACUGCUACUGCAAAACUACUCAGUGUUAGAAAGAAACUGGAAGAUCUGGACAGGCACCUGCAAAGCCUAACAGCUCAGUUUGAGAGGGCGGCGGCUGAGAAACUGCGCUGCCAGGAGGAAGUGACACGCACCAGCCAGACCAUUGAGCUGGCCAAUCGGCUGGUGGGAGGCCUGCAGGCAGAAAACGUGCGUUGGUCGGAGGGACAGCUGGAGCUGGAGUCUCAGCUGAAGACUGUGUGUGGUGAUGUGCUUGUGGCUGCUGCUUUCGUCUCUUACGCUGGAUACUUCACACAGCCGUAUCGUCACCAACUCCUUCACGACAUACUCAUUCCUUUCCUCCGAGAACUCCAAACCCCUAUCCCGCUGACAGACGGUCUGGACCCUGUACUUACGCUGACUGACCAGGCCACCGUGGCAGGCUGGCAGAACCAGGGCCUGCCAGCUGAUCGGCUGUCCAUUGAAAAUGCAGCCAUCCUGAUGGCCAGCCAGUGCUGGCCUCUGAUCGUGGAUCCUCAGCAGCAGGCCACCAAGUGGAUCCGAAAUCUGUACGGGCCCAACCUGAGGGUGCUGCAGUAUGGCCAGAAAGGGUAUCUGGAUGUUAUUGAGCAGGCUUUGGCUGCUGGUGAGGUGGUCCUGAUUGAAAACAUGAAGGAGAGAGUGGACCCUCUUCUGGAGCCACUGCUAGGAAGGCAAACCUUAAAGAAAGGAAGGUACAUCAGACUGGGUGAUAAGGAGUGUGAGUAUAACAGCGGUUUCCGUCUCCUGCUGCACACUAAGCAAGCCAACCCUCACUUCCCCCCGGAGCUGCAGGCCCAGACCACACUUAUAAACUUCACAGUGACCCGCGCUGGCCUGGAGGAGCAGCUACUUGGCGAGGUGGUCACGUAUGAAAGGCCUGAGCUGGAGACGAUGAAGUUGGAAUUAAGCACCCAGCAGAACUUGUGUCAGAUUGAGCUGAAGAGACUAGAGGAUGAGCUGCUGAGCAAACUGUCAGCAGCAGAGGGAAACUUCCUGCAAGAUACAGCCUUAGUGGAACAGCUAGAAUAUACUAAGAAUACAGCCAGACACAUCCAUAACAAGGCUGUUGCAGCUCGAGAGAACGAGAUAAAGACCAAUGAUGCGCGAGAUCUUUACCGGCCAGCGGCUGAGAGAGCCGCCUUACUCUACUUCACCAUUAAAGAGCUCCACAACAUUAACCCCAUGUACCAGUACUCCCUCAAGGCCUUCAACAAAGUGUUCCUCAAAGCCAUUGCAAGAGCUCCUGGUGAUGAAGACGUAUCAGUGCGUGUUUUAUCUCUCACUGAGGCCAUCACCCACUCGGCCCUUCAGUACACCUGCCAGGGGCUCUUCCAGAGGGACCGACUCACCUUCCUCACCCACACCGCCCUCCAGAUUCUUCUGACGAGGGGCUUCAUUGAGGCUCAGGAGCUGGAACUUCUGCUGCGAUUUCCGGUAGAGGUUUGUCAGAGCAGUCCCGUCUGCUUCCUGUCUCCACAGGCCUGGGGUGCCAUUAGGAGCUUGUCCAUGCUGGAUGCAUUCACGGGUCUGGACAGGGAUGUGGAAGGUUCUGGCAAACGCUGGAGGAAGCUGGUGGAGUCAGAGUGUCCAGAAAGAGAACUUCUCCCUCAGGACUGGAAGAAUAAGAGUACCCUCCAGAGACUCAUCAUUCUCAGAGCCUUUCGGCCUGACAGGAUGACCUACGCUCUCCGAAAUUUUAUUGAGGACAGUUUGGGCUCCAAGUAUGUAGAUGUCAGUCGAAUGGAGCUUGAAAAGUGUUUUGAGGAGUGCAAUCCCUCUACACCGGUGUUCUUCAUCCUUUCUCCUGGAGUCAACCCCAUCAAGGAUGUAGAAACACUUGGGCUGAAGCUUGGAUUUACCACAGACCAGGGGAACCUCCAUAAUGUAUCCUUGGGUCAAGGACAAGAGAUUGUGGCUGAGAGAGCAUUGGAGACCGCAGCCAAAAAAGGACAUUGGGUCAUACUGCAGAAUGUUCACCUGCUGGAGCGGUGGUUGGGUCGUCUGGAGGAGCUGUUGGAGAACACAGUCAGCGAUGCUCACUCAAACUACAGAGUGUUUAUGAGUGGAGAACCGUCCUCCAGCUCCCAUGAGCACCUCAUCCCUCGUACCAUCCUGGAGAACGCCCUCAAACUCACUACUGAACCACCCACCGGCAUGAACUCCAGCCUACAUGCAGCUCUGGACAACUUCACCCAGGACACUCUGGAAAUGUGUUCUCGAGAGCAGGAGUUUAAAGGACUUGUGUUCUCACUGUGUUACUUCCACGCCUGUGUGACUGAGAGGAGGAAGUUUGGGCCUCAGGGUUGGAACCACAGAUACCCAUUUAACAAUGGAGAUCUGACCAUCUCUGCCAGUGUUCUGUACAACUACCUGGAGGCCAAUACUAAAGUACCGUGGGAGGAUCUGUGUUAUCUGUUCGGAGAGAUCAUAUACGGAGGUCACAUCACUGACGAGUGGGACAGGAAGCUCUGCCGUACGUACCUCCAGGAGUUCAUCAAUCCCAAGAUGUUUGAAGGAGAGCUGUUCCUGUGUCCUGGGUUUCCAGCUCCUCCUGAUCUGGAGCACACUGGGUAUCACAGCUACGUGGAUGACAGAUUGCCCUCGGAAAGCCCUGGUCUCUACAGCAUGCACCCUAAUGCUGAGAUUGAGUUUAUGACGGCCACGUCUGAUGCCCUCUUCAAAACUUUACUGGAACUCCAGCCCAGAGACUCAUCAACAGGAGAAGGAGCAUCACAGUGCACAGAGGAGAAGGUGAAGAGUGUUCUGGAUGACAUGCUGGAGAAGUUACCGGAGGAGUAUAAUCUGGCAGAGCUCAUGUCUAAAACAGCCGAGAGGAGCCCCUACAUCCUGGUGUGCCUGCAGGAGUGUGAGCGAAUGAAUCUGCUGCUGGCAGAGAUACACAGAUCAUUAACAGAGCUGGACCUGGGACUGAAGGGUGAACUGAGUCUCUCCUCAGACAUGGAGCAGCUCCAAACGGCUCUGUUCUAUGACAGCGUUCCAGAGAGCUGGAGCAGGCUGGCCUACCCUUCAACCAAAACACUGGCUCUGUGGUUCAGUGACGUUCUGGCUCAGUGUCGAGAGUUGGACACAUGGACUCAAGACUUUGUGUUUCCUGCUGUGGUUUGGAUCUCUGGACUCUUUAGUCCUCAAUCAUUUCUUACAGCGAUUCUGCAGAGUAUAGCUCGAAAAAACAAGUGGCCUUUAGAUCGGAUGAGCCUGUCUGUGGACAUCACCAAGAAAACCAAGGAUGAUUAUGGCCAUCCUCCUCGAGAGGGAGCGUACAUUCAUGGACUCUUCAUUGAGGGCGCUCGCUGGGAUAGCUCCUCGGGUCUGCUAUCAGAGGCUGUUCUGAAGGAGUUGACUCCAACUAUGCCAGUGCUGUACAUACGCGCGAUACCCAUCGACCAGCAGGAUGUGAGGAACACUUACGAGUGCCCAGUGUACCGCACCAAACUCCGUGGCUCCACCUACAUCUGGAGCUUCCGUCUCAAAACACGCCAACCGCCUGCAAAGUGGGUUCUGGCCGGAGCAGCACUGCUUCUGUCAGUGUAAACAAACAACCAACGCCAUUCUGCUCACAGAGGUUGACUUCUACAAGUUAUAUGCUGAUCGAAUCAUCAUUUUUUUGGUUUCGUAUUAAAUGCAAAAUAAGAUGUUAUGUUGUCUGAUGCAGGGCUGCACGAUUGAUCAGAAAUAAAACCAAAAUCAUAAUAUGACUUAUCAAAUCGCAAAUGCUGCAAUUGAAUUAAAUAUAGAUAUACGCGGAGUUUCAGGUGAAGCACAUCUUUAACAGACAAACCUGUCAUGAUCCAUGUUUUUAGUGUCUCAGAGUGGCUCAGUUCACAGUAAAUGAUUUCAUCUCUACAUCUGCUGUGCAUUGUAGUUCAUGUAUUUGGAAACGCAACAUUCACCAGCCAUCUUCCCAAAAUUGUAAUGAAUGAUUAUAGACCAGCUGUUGUCAUCAUAAAUAAAUAAAUUUGCAGUACUGCAAUAAAAUGCUGU